GUAAUAUUUUAGUCGACACCGCCAGUCUGUCGGAUUCUGUUUCACAUGACUUACGUUUUCUUCGUAUUUUUGCAUCCUUAUAAAAAUAUUUAAAUAUAUAUGUAUAUAUAUCCUAAAAGACCAGAUCACUCAUUCCACCUCAAAAAAAAAGGAAGGCAUAGAAAAAGCAUGUAACAUUCCUUUGUAAUUUUGUGAGUGAAAACCAUUAUCACAGGACAGCUCAGAGACAUGGGUAAUAACACAUCCCAGUGGUACAGUUGCGUUCCAAAGCAUGUAUUAACAUCGUGUACACUUCCAAAGGAGCCUCCUUGGCAGGAACAACAGAGUUUAAAUAAUAAUCACAAGCAGCUCAUCCCAUCAAAUCAAGCAACAGACAACCUACUUCAAGCCAUCGUACAGGAUGAUUGCAGUGAACUACAGCAGCUGAUGGAUACCAAUAUCGACUUGAAUAUACCAUUAAAUGACAACAAUGAAACAGCAUUGAUACUGGCUGUUCGUUUGGGACACACUAAUCAGGUGAAAACACUCAUCAACCAACCAUCUUGUGAUAAGAAUAAACUGAAUAUAAAAAACUGUUCUACUUUUGAUAUUGCACUAAUCUAUGCCUACAAUCAAUGCACAGAAGUUGAAGAUAAUGUGAACUAUUGGGAAAUCAUCAAAAUCCUUAUGUCAACCAGCUUCGACCCCAUCUGCAAAGAUGCCAUGUUGUAUGUGGUAAGAACUGCUUUGAAAUAUGGAAACACUGACUUCAUUAACCAACUUUCUGAAAUAGCAAUCAAGUAUUGCACAUCGUGCAAAUUUCAUGAACUUCUUCUCCUGCAGCUACACCGACACCAACCAGUUUUUGAAGGGCCAAUGGAUGAUAUUUUUACAACACUUUCCAAAUUUACAAUCAAACUAUUAUGUGAAUGCAGUGGCUCAGAACUUGUACCAAUUGUAAAUUCUAUGAAAUAUUACUUGGAAUCUCAUUGGCAUGAUAAACAAAACAAACUACAUGUGUCUAAGAAAUUAGCAUUAUAUGCCACUGCAUCUGGUUGGCAUUGGUCAACUCAGUAUAUUGAUUAUAUCUCUAGAGUGGACCCUUAUCUCAGCAGUUGGUGUGUAAUGACAUCUAAAACUGUUCCUUCUCUGCAUCAUCUUAGUCGCUGUGCCUACCGUAAAACACUCACAUGUUCUGUAAGUAUAUCCUUCGAGAAGUUUCCACAAGCUAUCCCUAGAGUCAUUCAAGAAUACAUUUGUUUGAAAGAUGUAGAGUUAUUAUGUAGAAAAAAUCUUCAAUCAAUUACUUUCUAAAUAUUUUCCUCUGUGUUAAUCUUUCAUCCAUUAAUGCAUGAUUAAACUUCAGCAUUAAAGCAAUAAAUCAUUACCCAUAAUCUCAAAACUUUUAUAUAAAAACAUACUUAUAAAUGAGGCCUUACUACUAACAUUUAGUAGUAAAACUACAUAUGUGCAUGUGUUUCUUAAUAUUACAUGUAUAAAUUAUUCAGGUAUGUGUUUGUUCACUCACAUAUAAGUGUAUGUAUACGUGCAUACAUACAUAAAUACACACUCAUGCAUACACACACAUAUAUAUAUAUAAAUUUUUACACUCCAAAUGACUUUUGCUCAUUAAGUGGUACUGUAUCUUGCUAUUUUGAAAUUACUCUGGCUGCUAUUCGAGAGGACAUAUAUAUAUAUAAAGAAAUAUUUAUCCAAUUGAAGAAGCUCAGCAACUACUGUGAAGUUAAGUUUCUGUACUAUUAACCAAAUAAACAUAAAUUCAAAACCUU